AUGACGCUGAUAAAUCACCGCGGUGUCGGGUGUGAGGUGGAUAAGGACGACCUCAUGUCGAUCGAGGAUGAUCAGUGGAUUACCGAUGGCGUGCUCGACUUUCACAACGUGCUGCUUAGCAUCCGGAAGCCGAAGCUCCGUGACGGGAAAACAUGGGCUGCCUUGGACUGCAAGGCGUACUUCCAGACGAACACGUGUGGAGCGCCUUUGACGCUGGGUAACGGGCUUCCGCUACUGGAGCACGACUACCUCACGAUCCCUGGUGUGACCCCGCACCAAUACCGGCGGGAGAUGCGGCGCGACUUGUGCGCACACGCGUGCGGAGAUCUUAUUCGGCAGCUGGAAGAACUGGGGAUCGAAAUCCCUCCGCAGGACGCAGGCCGGGUUACAGAGGGGGGGGCAUUGGUACGGGAGAGGACCGCUGGUGUGGAAGAUGUGAGGCAAGCACCGGUCACUCAAGCCGGGGAUGACGCACGGGUAACGGAGAUGAUGAGGGAUAUGGCGAUUUUGAAGAACGAUGUGAGGCACCUGGACGCGAGCUUCACCGUCAUAGCCAAUUUUGUGGGAUUGAGGCGCGACGAGGUGGUGUCCGCUGCAACUCAACUACUGAUGCAAGGUAACCCCGUGGGACCCGGGGCGAAAGCAGAGGCAGGUGGCCCCAAGAAUGCUCCACGUACUCCACAGCGUCCAUCUGGUCGUAAGAGGCGGGACGACAGCAGUCCAGAGGAGGAUGGCGUACGCAAUGCCACCCGGGUUGCGCUGGCCUCCUCGUUCGCUGCAUGUGAUCCGACAGCGCGCUUGCUGCAGAACCCGCUGCUGACGGGAGGGACCAUACCUCACUGGAUGUUCACCCGCGGGAGAUCGCUGCUCGGGGCGACUGUGCCGGCUGGAGCUGAUGCGUGGGGAGGUAUGAGAGGCUAUGAGACGGUGAAGGCCGAAGAAGAGGAGGAUCUCGUGUCAAACACGGAGGACGAAGAGGAUGGAGACGACACGUGUGCCACCAAGUACACAGGAGUCAAGUUGGAGAAAGCAUCCGGCAAGUACGGCGUGAAGAUACUGAUCAAGGAAGGAGGAAAGCGUAAGCAACAGCGGCUGGGAGCCUACACCUCGGAGGAGGAGGCCGCGUUUGCGUACGCCGCAGGUGCGUUCGUCCUGAGGCCACGAGACAAAAUACCCAACACGGUCAGUCUGUCUGUCGCAGAGAAGGCGAUGCUGCGUGGAUGCAUCAAGGAAGAUCUGCAGCUCCUGGUGGAAGCGCGGAGGUGGUGGAGGUGGCGUAGCUGGAGGGAGGCGCGGGAGAGCGUGAGCACGAAGCUGAAACGAGGGAGGAAGCGAGGAGUUGCCACAGGGACGUCAAAGAGGCAGAGGGUGGUGGAUAGCAACAACACGGCGGCCAACGAACCAGACGACCCUGACAAUGCUGAGAGUGGGGGAACGGCCCCUGUGCACAACGGCAUCGGCGGGUGUGCAAGGAACAACGAACAAGAAGAGGGGGUGGAAGACUCUGCUGCACAUGAGAAGACGUCAGCCCCUUCUGCAUAG